GCUUCCGAGCAGAGGAGAGGACAGAAGAAAAGGGAACUGCUAUGUAAAACGAUAUUUAGAACCAAACACCCCUUUUCCGUCUUAACAUAUUAUUAAACUACGGGGUGGAACAGGACCUUCAACUUCCUCUGUCCUUCGCCGCCGGGAUGCAGAACCCCGGGAAGGAACACCUGUACAAGGUGUUGGUGAUCGGGGACUUGGGUGUGGGGAAGACCUCCAUCAUUAAGCGGUAUGUCCAUCAGACUUACUCCACCAACUACCGCGCCACCAUUGGCGUGGAUUUCGCCCUGAAGGUCCUGAACUGGGACUCUGAGACCAUACGGCUACAACUUUGGGACAUCGCCGGUCAAGAGCGGUUUGGGAACAUGACCCGUGUGUACUACCGAGAGGCCAUUGGGGCGUUCAUCGUGUUUGACGUGACACGGCCGACUACCUUCGAAGCCAUCACCAAGUGGAAGGAGGACCUGGACUCUAAACUCAUGCUGACCAACAGAGAGAGCAUCGCCACGGUCCUAUUGGCUAAUAAAUGUGACCAUGGGCGGGAGGUUCUGACCAAUAACGGCGUGAAGAUGGACCAGUUCUGUAAAGACAACGGCUUUGUGGGCUGGUUUGAGACCUCAGCCAAGGAGAACACCAACAUCAGCGAGGCCGCAAACUUCCUGGUGAAACACAUCAUGGCUACAGAGAAUGAUUUCCUAAAGUCAGUGGUCCCAGACACCAUCUCUCCAAAACUAAAUGACUCACAACCUGGGAACUGCUCUGCCUGCUACAAACCAUAGCUAGACGACUCACAACCUGGGAUCUGCUCUGCCUGCUACAAACCAUAGAGGGAGGAGAGGAGGAGAGGACUGGGGAUAAUACGAGGGGAGGAGAAGAUAGGAAGAGAGAACUGGUUCAAACUAUAGAGGAAGGAGUGGAGGAGAGGUGAAGAGAGGAGAGGAGGCAGAUCCUGGAGAGGAGAAAGCGGAAGUGGAACGGGACUAUGUUGGUCCUCUGUAGUUCAGUUUAUAGAGCAUGGUGCUUGUAACACCAGGGUAGUGGGUUCAAUUCCAGGGACCACCCAUACGUAAAAUGUACACACGCGUGACUGUGAGUCGCUUUGGAUAAAAGUGUCUGCUAAAUGUAAUAUAUUAUUCUUAAUAUGUUGUGGAGCAGAGAGUGGAGAGAUGAUUGAAUGUCACUACAAGUGCCCUUCAUAUCCACCUCUCCAGAAGACAGAGGCGCUGAUUUCAAAACAUCCCCUUCUCCUCGAUCCUUGGCCCUCCAUUUACUCAUUCAUGCGCAACUUCGUGUCCCAAAGCCGAGGGAGUAAAUAUUAGACCCUCAUAUUGCCACUUCAACCAAGCCAGCAAGCCGAGGGAGUAAAUAUUAGACCCUCAUAUUGCCACUUCAACCAAGCCAGCAAGCUGAGGGAGUAAAUAUUAGACCCUCAUAUUGCCACUUCAAGCCAGCAAGCUGAGGGAGUAAAUAUUAGACCCUCAUAUUGCCACUUCAACCAAGCCAGCAAGCUGAGGGAGUAAAUAUUAGACCCUCAUAUUGCCACUUCAAGCCAGCAAGCCGAGGGAGUAAAUAUUAGACCCUCAUAUUGCCACUUCAACCAAGCCAGCAAGCUGAGGGAGUAAAUAUUAGACCCUCAUAUUGCCACUUCAACCAAGCCAGCAAGCCGAGGGAGUAAAUAUUAGACCCUCAUAUUGCCACUUCAACCAAGCCAGCAAGCCGAGGGAGUAAAUAUUAGACCCUCAUAUUGUCACUUCAACCAAGCCAGCAAGCCGAGGGAGUAAAUAUUAGACCCUCAUAUUGCCACUUCAACCAAGCCAGCAAGCUGAGGGAGUAAAUAUUAGACCCUCAUAUUGUCACUUCAACCAAGCCAGCAAGCCGAGGGAGUAAAUAUUAGACCCUCAUAUUGCCACUUCAACCAAGCCAGCAAGCCGAGGGAGUAAAUAUUAGACCCUCAUAUUGCCACUUCAACCAAGCCAGCAAGCUGAGGGAGUAAAUAUUAGACCCUCAUAUUGCCACUUCAAGCCAGCAAGCCGAGGGAGUAAAUAUUAGACCCUCAUAUUGCCACUUCAAGCCAGCAAGCCGAGGGAGUAAAUAUUAGACCCUCAUAUUGCCACUUCAACCAAGCCAGCAAGCCGAGGGAGUAAAUAUUAGACCCUCAUAUUGCCACUUCAAGCCAGCAAGCCGAGGGAGUAAAUAUUAGACCCUCAUAUUGCCACUUCAAGCCAGCAAGCCGAGGGAGUAAAUAUUAGACCCUCAUAUUGCCACUUCAACCAAGCCAGCAAGCCGAGGGAGUAAAUAUUAGACCCUCAUAUUGCCACUUCAACCAAGCCAGCAAGCCGAGGGAGUAAAUAUUAGACCCUCAUAUUGCCACUUCAAGCCAGCAAGCCGAGGGAGUAAAUAUUAGACCCUCAUAUUGCCACUUCAACCAAGCCAGCAAGCCGAGGGAGUAAAUAUUAGACCCUCAUAUUGCCACUUCAAGCCAGCAAGCCGAGGGAGUAAAUAUUAGACCCUCAUAUUGCCACUUCAAGCCAGCAAGCCGAGGGAGUAAAUAUUAGACCCUCAUAUUGCCACUUCAACCAAGCCAGCAAGCCGAGGGAGUAAAUAUUAGACCCUCAUAUUGCCACUUCAACCAAGCCAGCAAGCCGAGGGAGUAAAUAUUAGACCCUCAUAUUGCCACUUCAACCAGCAAGGCUGCUAGCUUCAGAGCGAAGUGAUAUCCCGACACGCACUGCGAUAUGUUUUGGAGUUUGCACAAUUUUAUACAAAAUAAUGGGGAGGUGUGCCUAAUUAUAUGUCACGUAAAUUUGAUAAUGUCUGAUUUGGAGACUUGACACAUGUAACAGAUGAAAUACCUCCCAAAUUAAAUGUUUAACUGUUA